AUGAUGUGGCUGUUUUUAACAGCAGCCUACUUAAUGUAUGGAGCAUUAAAUGCUGAUGGAGUAUUGGAUCUACAAAAUGAAGUGAACCCAGAAGUAUGGAUGAAUGCUAGUGAAAUCAUCACCUACAAUGGCUACCCAAGCGAAGAGUAUGAAGUCACCACAGCAGAUGGGUACAUACUUGCCAUCAACAGAAUACCCCACGGGAGAACACAGGCUGGGAGAGCAGGCCCCCGGCCAGUUGUGUACAUGCAGCAUGCAUUAUUUGCAGACAAUGCCUACUGGCUUGAGAAUUAUGGCAAUGGAAGUCUUGGAUUCAUCCUAGCAGAUGCAGGUUAUGAUGUGUGGAUGGGAAACAGUAGAGGGAACACUUGGUCAAGAAGACACAAGACACUCUCCACAGAUGAAGAGAAAUUCUGGGCCUUCAGCUUUGAUGAAAUGGCCAAAUAUGAUCUCCCAGGAAUAAUAGACUUCAUUGUAAAGAAAACUGGUCAGGAGAAGUUGUAUUUCAUCGGACAUUCACUUGGCACUACCAUAGGGUUUAUAGCCUUUUCUACCAUGCCUGAACUGGCACAGAGAAUCAAAAUGAAUUUUGCCUUGGGUCCUGUGGUCUCAUUCAAAUAUCCCACAAGCAUUUUUACCAGUUUUUUUCUACUUCCAAAUUCCAUAAUCAAGGGUAUGUUUGGGACCAAAGGUUUCUUUUUAGAAAAUAAGAAUGCAAAGAUACCUUCUAUCAAAAUCUGUAACAAUAAAGUACUCCGGCCAAUGUGUCGUGAAUUUAUGUCCUUAUGGGCUGGAUUCAAUAAGAAAAACAUGAACAUGAGUCGGCUGGAUGUAUACAUGUCUCACGCUCCCACUGGGUCAUCAAUUCAGAAUAUCCUGCAUAUCAAACAGCUUUACCGAUCUGAGGAAUUCAGAGCUUAUGACUGGGGAAGUGAAGCUGAAAACAUGCAUCAUUACAAUAAGAGCCGUCCUCCACUCUAUGACCUUACUGUCAUGAAGGUGCCCACCGCUAUCUGGGCAGGAGGACAAGAUGCCCUUAUAACACCUCAGGAUGUGGCCAGGAUUCUCCCCCAAAUCAGCAAUCUUUGCUACUUCAGACUGUUUCCAGACUGGAACCACUUUGACUUUGUCUGGGGCCUUGAUGCCCCUCGGCGGCUAUAUAGUGAAAUCAUAAGUUUGAUGAAGGAGUAUCUGUAA